GAGCGGGCCGAGGUAGCCCUGGGCCGGCGCAGCACCGACGGCUGGCGGGGAGCUCGGCGGAGGGCCGGGCGCUGCGCUCCCGGGCGGAGCCGAGUCCGCGGGGCUCCGAGGCGGGGCGGGGCCGUCGAUCGGUCCGCCGCGCAGCCCGUUCAGGUGCCGCGGCGGCUCCACGUAGUCAGGCGGCCGGCCGGCCAGGGCGCACGGACCUCGGCCCGUGGCUGUCGUAAGCCCAAGCCGGGCCCCUGCGUCCCAGGUCUCCCGCAGAGCCAUGGCGGGCCCGGGCCCGGGGGAUCAGGACGAGCACUACGAUUUCCUGUUCAAGCUGGUGUUGGUGGGCGACGCGAGCGUGGGCAAGACGUGCGUGGUGCAGCGCUUCAAGACCGGCGCCUUCUCCGCGCGGCAGGGCAGCACCAUCGGCGUCGACUUCACCAUGAAGACGCUGGAGAUCCAGGGCAAGCGGGUCAAGCUGCAGAUUUGGGACACGGCUGGCCAGGAGAGGUUCCGAACCAUCACCCAGAGCUACUACCGCAGUGCCAAUGGGGCCAUCCUUGCAUAUGACAUCACCAAGAGGAGCACCUUCUUGUCAGUGCCUCACUGGAUCGAGGACGUGAGGAAGUACGCGGGCUCCAACAUUGUGCAGCUGCUGAUUGGGAACAAGUCAGACCUUGCUGAUUUCCGGGAGGUCCCUCUGACUGAGGCACAGAGCUUGGCCGAGCACUAUGACAUCCUCUGCGCCAUCGAGACCUCUGCCAAGGACUCUAGCAAUGUGGAGGAGGCCUUCACCAGAGUGGCCACUGAACUCAUCAUGAGGCAUGGAGGCCCCAUGUUCAGUGAGAAGAGUACUGACCACAUCCAGCUGGACAGCAAGGACAUUUCGGAGAGCUGGGGCUGUGGGUGCUGAUUGGGGGGGCAGGGCAGGCAGGCCAAGACCUCCCCCGCUCCUUUGUCUCUAGCCUGUCAAGCCCCACCUCCAGGGCACUGCUACUCUAGAGGGAUUCUGCAACCCUGGCCUGGAUGCUGGGUAGAAAGGGAGAAGUAGGGUGUCCUUGGCAGAAGGCCAUUGGCCGGUUGUGGACCAUCCUGUCAGCCAGCAUCUGCUCCCUCCAUGUUCUUCACAUUCCAGGACUAGCCUGAGCCUUCCGGCACAGACUACGGUGGGAAACGGGCCGGCUGUGCUGCCCAGCCCCAUGUGCUGGUCUUAAAUUCUCCUGCCUUGACUGCUGCUCUCCAGGGAUGUGGCUGGUACCCCAGGUUCCUCCGGGUCGUUCUCUGGCUUCUAACCAGAGGGUAAAAGCACAUCAAUUAGGCCAACAGACUGGUGCCGAGCCUUGUCCCUGGGAAGCCUGAGCUCCUCAGGUGGAGGCAGCGUCCUCAUUCACUGCCAGCUUGGAGCUCUUAGAUGGCUCCCUGGGCCUGGCUCGCUGCCUUACCAAGAUCUCUCGAGUUUUUCUGCUUUUCCAUGUAGCAUCUCAUUUUCACUGACACAAGUGCAGGGUCAUGGCCAGGGGCCAUCUGGGGACUGUCUGCUGGCUUGAGGCCCAACAUUUUGCCAGUCAGGUUACCGAAGCAGCUAAUCUUUCAGUGUGGUUGAGGGUUGAGAUAGGAAAAAGAAGCAGCUUGCAGGUGGGCAGCUCACUGGCCGAGCACAUGCUUAGCACACACCAGGCCCUGGGUUCAGUCCUCAGCACCAAAAAUGACGACAACCAAACAGUGGCUUUGGUAGGAUCCCAGAGGUGGAGGUUGAGGGCCCUGUGGAUGCCAGCCUUGCCUCAGGUGGAGAAACCUUCCCUGCUGUAGUUCAGAGCUCCUAGCUCCCCAUAGGCCUGGCCUGGCCUGGCUUUCAGUUUCAAAGCAAAAAAGACAAGUGCUGGUGACCUGAGACCUGGCCAUCUUACACCUCACAGGUCCCUUGCCUGCCUUAACGGGUGCUUUCUGCUGGGGUCAGAAGGAAAAGUGGGGUUCUUAGGAGGCAGGGCUGUCCUUUGGUGGGGCUCAGGGAUCAAAAGCAACCAGGUGUAGGAAUGGAGCCAGGGGAUGUUUCUAAGGUAGUCCUUGGCCUUUGAGUCUGCCCAGUUCUAUGCCCUUCCACCACCUCAGUAUAGACUACAGGCCCACACAAUAAACUGCUUUUAGACCCAUACGGAAGACCACAUCAGCAGUGCGGCCUCGGCCAUUGGGUCAGGCUCAGCCUAAUCUAAGCAUGGGUCAGGUGUUUCCUGCAUCUCCCUUCUCGAUGGCAUCCUACCCUUGCCUCCCAUUUCAAGCAUUCUGGUCUGUCAGCCCUAUUCCUAGGCAUAUCUGGCCACAGGGCCAGAGAGAAGCAGGGCUUUGCAACAACUUCAUAGCAGCCUAGGGAGACAGCUGUGAUGUAAACAGGGCUGGACCCACUGGCCCCCUUUCAGGUAGGAGGCAGCCUGUGAAUUAGCUGAGCCUGGCCACGGUGGGGUAGAAGGUGGCCUAAGUGAACCAGAGCCUGAAGCUCUGAGUGCUUCUCUGGUGGGGAUCAUUGUAGCUGUCCUGGGUAGGAGUUGCAAGGAGCUGCAGAAUUAGGAAGGUUGGGAACCACUGCUGUAAGGCCUAAUAUGGAAUGGGUAGAACUGAACAAUCCCUGCUUAGCCCAGGGAGCCUUCUUCACUGGUGGCCUUGUGGCUCACCCAGCAACCAGGAAGAUUAUUUCUUUUCCAUUCACAGUCAUAUCGCCUCACUUCCCUUUCUCAGUCCCGAGGUGCUGAGGCCCUGAGGUGUGGCUGAGGCCCUGCCCUGUGCCCUUGAGCAGGAGCAGCCCUGCUCUAAGAGGUUAGCCCAGACACCAAAGUCUCCUUGAGCCCCACACUAACCCCCUGCCCUGGUAACCACCCUGCCCUCGCACUCACUGGGUUCCAGUUCCACUGCCAGGUGCAGGUCUGGAAGGCCAGGCCCAGGGCCCUCACAGCCUGGCCACCUCUCUACUCACUGUCAUGUCUGGGGCCAAUGUGACCCUCCUCUCCCAAAUCUCUCUGCCAACCUGCCUUCUUAUCGACAGCACAGAAUCCCACAAGUGACCCAGAGGACAUCUCUGAGGGGAGAUGGCCCCACCUCAGUCACAGGCCUUGUCUUCAGUAUCCUGGCAAGAACGAGUUCUUCCCUUGACCCCUGAUUCUUUGGCCCGGGAGGUGCCUGAGUCCUGGCUGAGCCCUGAGCUGGUUCCUACAGAGAAGCUGCUGCCAUCCCUUCAGACAGCAGUGCUAAGGCUCUGCCCCUCUGCUGAGGGCACCUGUCCCACUGUAGUGCCCAGAGACCUCAGGACCUCUGGGCCUUUGUCAGAAGGAGCCUGGGCUUGAGGACUAGAAAACAGGCAAGUGUGUGUCAGGAACAAAACCAGCUGCUUUCCUUCCCUUGGGCAGGCUUGGCCAGCUGCCAGCAGCCCAGGGCCUCUGGGGCAACAGGAGUUUAAUCUCUUCCCUUGUUUAAAAGUUACUUAACAGCAGGAACAGGUGGAGGUUGGAUGCUGGGGAGGGCCAGGAAGUACCCACAGAAAGGCUGGGCAGGGCCAGGGUGGCUGCAGCAGGAGGAGAGUGAAGGACUAAGGUCUGGCCCACUAAAGGUACCAAGAAGGGGCUCCAUGUCUUUUUGGGUGGUAGUCUGUCUUCAAGGACACAGGCCCCAACUGGGGGCAAUCUACAGGGAGCCCCUGGUUCACAUUGAAUUGGUUCCCCUGUCCUAGGAUGCUGCCAGUGGUGGGCCUUAGCCAAACUCACCCCCGCAGGGCCUGGACAGGCAGGAUUGCCAGCCCAAGGAUGCCAUGUGCAUUGGGGAAAUUUUCACAUUACCUAUUUAUGAAUAUGUAAGUCUUUCUAUCAAAUCUAUUUUUGAAACAUGAAAAGUUGCCUUUCUGGAUAUGUCAUAGAGCCAGUGUACAAUUCAACCAUUAAACAUUUCUGUACUGA